CCAAGGGCUGAUUGAGUCAGCCCUAGCAUCUCAACAUGCCUCCUUUAGGCAAGAGAUAGAGCUAAUGGAAGCCAAACACACUGAGCUGAUAGAGAAAUCUGAAAAGAAACACAGCGCUGAUCUCAAGGAGAUAAGUAAAUCAGUAGAAAAGACUCUAGAGAUCAUCUCUCUAUUGAGUAAAACUGUGAGCAAUACGAUGGAAAUAUACACCUCUGACAGUCAACUGCAAUUCAAUGAAUUCAACAAAGUCAAGGAGCAAAUAGCAAAUGUCACAAUUGGUCUGCAAAAACAGAUGUCCCUUCUCCAAAUGGACAUCAGAUCAGCCCUAGCUAUAGCUUCAGCAAAUCAAGUAGUAACCAAAGACUACUUGAAGGUGAUCAUUGACAAUCAAAAGGAAGCAUACAAGCUGUUCAGACUUAUUGGUGCACAUUCUGGGAACCGCAAGAUGGAAGUAAUUCUCCAACAACACAGUCCAUCUCCAAUACCACAGCUCCCUAUUGCAGUCAACGAAGGAGAAGCAUCUUAUGUCCCUUCUCAUCUGCACAUGACUAAUCUGAUUCUUGAAGCACAGCAAAGAAAUCCGGAAAACUCAGCACAGCACCUAUCCAGCUCAGGACUGGAUGGAACAGAAUUUACAGGUGCAGUGGCUGACCACUUCUCAGAUGCUGCUCAAACAGAGGAAAGGCGUGAAAACUUAAGGCGCAUCAAAGAACUGUGUGGGAACAUGCAAGGCAUCAGUGAAGUUGCCGGAUCUUCAAAACGCAAAAGGAACUGAAGGUUCUUUUCAUCAAACCAGGGGGAAAGUAUGUGAAAACAUUUGUUUUGAUGAAAACACCUUCUUGUUUAACCAUUGCUUGAUUGGUUUAAACAUUGCUUAAGUAUGCCUUAAUUGUGCUUAUUAUGCUUGAUUAUGCUGAUCUCAAGUAUGAUUUUGUCUUAAUUAUUUUUCUGAAGCGCAUACAUUCAGGGGGAAUGUAAUUCAGGGGGAACUUACCUAGUUUUGGCUAACAAUUAUUUUUUUGGCAAUAAAUUAUUGAUAAGCUC